UUUACUUAAAUCGUCCGAUUUCGUAGCUCAUGAUCUCGAUCACGCAUUCGAAGACUGUAAUUACGAAGAAGAAUCUUUGAGAAGACAGCGACCGGAUGUGUUCGAAUUAGUAUUAAGAAAAUGGUACGAUGUAGCACCAUCAAUGGAAUUUCGUUGUUUUGUAAGAAAUGAGGAACUAGUUGCUAUAUCACAGCGUGAUGUUAAUUAUUAUCCUUUCUUAGUUGAUGUCCAAGAAGAUUUAGAAACGAAAAUUAUACAAUUUUUCAAUACGAAUAUCCGAAAUAAGUUUUUUAAUAGAGAUUAUGUUUUUGAUGCAUACAUAACACGUAACAGAGAACGUGUUUGGUUAAUUGACUUCAACCCAUUUGGACCAAUGACUGAUAGUCUUUUAUUUACAUGGGAAGAUAUACUAACAGCCACGGGUCCACCAAUAUUUCGUAUAAUAACUUCACAAUCGCAGGCAAAUCAGUCACUGAGUCAGCCAUUUGCGACUAAUAGAUUUCCAC